GCUACGCGGCAGCUCUGUGCCUGGAGCUCCGACCGCCUGCCACCCAGUGACGCCGCCCUGCAACAUCUCCAGUCUGAAGCCUGUGAACCCGCAACGCUUCACCAUCUCGGCCGCCAACACUUCCGUCGUUGCUCAAGCGUGGCACUCUCCCUCUGACGGACAAGCAACGUCCCCCCCACAGCAAUCGUUCGCAGCCGCAAUCAUGUCUCGCCGUUACGAUUCCAGAACAACCAUCUUCUCGCCUGAGGGCCGCCUGUAUCAGGUUGAGUACGCUCUGGAAGCCAUCUCACACGCCGGCACCGCCAUUGGCAUCCUCGCCAAGGACGGCAUCGUCCUCGCCGCCGAGCGCAAAGUGACGUCGAAGCUGCUGGAGCAGGACACGUCGGCCGAGAAGCUCUACGUUCUCAACGACAACAUGAUCUGCGCCGUCGCCGGCAUGACCGCCGAUGCCAACAUCCUCAUCAACUACGCCCGGCAAGCCGCCCAGCGCUACCUCCUCACCUACAACGAAGACAUCCCUUGCGAGCAGCUGGUCCGCCGGCUGUGCGACCUAAAGCAGGGCUACACACAGCACGGCGGUCUGCGGCCGUUUGGCGUUUCCUUCAUCUACGCUGGCUGGGACCCGCGGCGGCAGUUCCAGCUGUACCUCAGCAACCCGUCGGGCAACUACGGUGGUUGGAAAGCCACGAGUGCCGGUGCCAACAACGCCAGCGCGCAGAGCCUGCUCAAGCAGGACUACAAGGAGGACUGCACCCUCAAGGAGGCAUGCGGCAUGGCGGUCAAGGUGCUGAGCAAGACAAUGGACUCGACCAAGCUGAGCAGCGAGAAGAUUGAAUUCGCGACGGUAGGACAAACCGAGGAUGGCAAGAUUUACCACCGGCUGUGGAGUGCAGACGAGAUCACGGCCCUAUUGAAGGAGCAUGAUCUGGCUAAAAGCGAGGACACCGAGGAGAAGUAGAAGAGGCCGAGGUCAUGGUGGGAUUAGACGACAUAGUAUGGGCUGCUGCCGUUGAUACUGCUCAGACAGCCUUGUAACAAUACAUUUGGUAACGCGCGCUGGUCAUGCCAUACGUCUAUCAUACAAGCCCUGCUAUAGCCAGGGCUCUGCUAUAGCCAGAAUACCGCUCCCUAUCCGAGCCCUUCUAUCAUCGGAGACCCUGCUG